AUGUGUAUCUCACAUAACCGAAGCAAGGAGGUCCACUUCAUGGUCUGCGAAACUGCGACACGUUCUGGAAUAGUGGUCAUCAAGGCACGCACGUCCACGCUACGCGCCGACGCAUACAAGAUCCUAUGCCCUUACACCGACGAGCCCCACUGCUGUGGCAGCAUGUACGUGAUCGGGCGUGACAACACCAUAGACAUCACUCCUCCAAAGAAAGGAGGGAUCCUUUUUGAGACGCCUAUCACCCAGGGUCCUGGUGUUUCCCCCCAAAUAUCGUCAUUGCGGCUUGGUUUCCUUGGAAUUGACAAGGCGCGCCUCGGAUGUGCUUCAGUGUUGAACAAUUCUUGUGCCGAGCCUUUUCCCAGAAUGGAAUCCGCGUUAACGUGGCUCCAUCCGAACUAUGAACCCUCACCGCUAGGCAUCGGGCUGCCUUUCCAUAUCGUGCUUCUAGACAACCCAGAUGAACAGCAUAUAUUCAGUAUGACAGGCAGCUUCAUUACUGAUCUCAUUCGGAAAUUAAAACCCAAUCUCAAACGUGUGUGGUACAAGGCAUUCCCCGCUUUUAGGUUUCUGGAAUGGUUCCGGUGGUUGUCAGCACUCCUCGGAACCUUUCAUUUGCGACUACUUCCUGAUUAG